AACUGUUCGCUCAGUGCGAAGAGCAGCAGAGACACAGCAAAAACAUAUCGGUUGUUUCUUUGGUGUCUGAAGUACGAGCGUCAAAAAGGGAGACACUGUUUGUCGCACAAGUUUUUCUCUACCCCAAACUUCCCGUUUUAGAAAGCGUGGUGUGUUUGUUAUAGUCAGAGAGGAAUUCAUCAGUCCGCAGCCAUAGAAUCCUAGUUGUAUGUCUGGGGUGCUAACUGUUAGCUGACAGGCUACUUAGCAUAGCCAACCACUGAAGCAAUGGCGUUGAAAAGAAUUCAGAAGGAACUGUCCGACCUGCAGAGGGACCCUCCCGCCCAGUGUUCUGCUGGACCAGUCGGAGAUGACUUGUUUCAUUGGCAAGCGACAAUAAUGGGUCCAAGUGACAGUCCGUACCAGAGUGGAGUGUUUUUCCUUACCAUUCACUUUCCAACAGAUUAUCCCUUCAAACCACCAAAAGUUGCAUUCACAACAAAAAUAUACCACCCUAAUAUCAACAGCAAUGGGAGUAUUUGUCUGGACAUACUAAGGUCGCAGUGGUCACCUGCUCUCACAGUGUCAAAAGUAUUAUUGUCUAUCUGCUCCCUUCUUUGUGACCCAAAUCCAGAUGACCCACUGGUUCCAGAGAUCGCGCAUACGUAUAAAGCUGACAGGGAAAAGUACAAUAAAUUAGCAAGAGAAUGGACUCAGAAGUAUGCAAUGUGAUUACACAAGGAAGACAAAAAAAAGAACAAAAGAACCCACUAAGGAUUUGUUACUUGUUACAAAUGAACAAAAGAGGUGAGAAAAAUAAAAAGUAAAAACAAAGCAGCCCACAUUUUGAGAAGGAAGUGAUGUAAUACGGUACAGUGCCACUUGGCUUUCUGUGUGCUGAGCUGCUACAAUGUGCUGUCCUUCAUUACUGGUAUAGAUCUGCAGAGCAGGACCUGGCGGGCCUCCUUAAAGCACUCCCAUAAGGAAUACUGGAAAUUCUUUACAGUUCCUGAUGCCACACUCAGACUGUAAACUGGUCAUUUUGUUGUGAUUAUCAUUGUUGCUCUUCAUACACUUCAUUUUUACUGUCAUAUUAUGACCCUGCAGAGAUGCAAACUGUUUGAUCUGGGAGAGUUCCUUCUCCUUCAUUUCUGAGGUACUUUAUGCACCCUUCUGGAUUUCUUCUUAUUUCUGUACUUUCAUGUAUUUAGUGGCCUUUUAUGUGUUUAACUGUUCAGUGUAUGUGCAAUUGAGACAGAAUGUUUCUCGUAGAACAUGUAAUGGCCCAGCAGAUUAUCUGCUGGCAAUGAUGGUCUCUACCCCAAAUCAAUGUGAAAUGCAUAAGUAAAAUUAAUAGUUUCGAUGUUUGCUGUAAUUGCUAAUUUGAAAAGUAUUUUACAGUUUUUAAGACACUGGAUAGCUAAUUGUUUUAGAGCCAGUAGGCUUAGAGUCUGUGUUCUGGGACCCUAAUGGGCUGGAGUUUCAUUUCCCUAUUCUCACAUGUGGUCAUCGCACUUCUAUACUAAUGAAUUAACCACCAUUCACUGAUAUAUUCAUUGUGCAAAACAAUACUACUGUCAUUUUGUGUUAUGUAGCUACAAACUUACAUAGACCUUCACGUAAAGCUUCGCUGGGCUCCACCUUGUUGGUACAGUUACUCAGGUAUCUCACCAUGUUAUCAGACUUGGCAAGCAUUGACCCGUUUUAUUAUUUGUUCUCUAUGUACAGUCCUCAUCUCUGUUCAUAUUACAAAAAAAACAUUUUUUUUUUCUCCCGAAGAGGCAGUGUGUUGCGCACAAAUAAAUGCUGUGUAAGAAGUACUGUCAUCCUUGCUACCCCUCUGCAGGACUUUUGAUAUUCACUGAACACCAGGAUUUUAACAGCUUUCUUUCUCAUGAUGAGACUUAAUCACUACUGUUUUACUGUAAUAAAAGGGGUCCUUUUAUUGGAGAGGAGUCCCAAA